UACCCGUGGGAUGAGAAUGGGACUCACUAUUCUAUUCUUGUUUGUUAAAAAAAAUAAAAAAAGCUUCUUCAUCUUUCUCAGAUCUCUCUCUCCUGAAUCCUGAACAACAAUACUUCCUACUUCCACAAAAGCUUGAAGCCCUUUGUUUUUUUUUUUAAAAAAAACCCCAAUCCGCGUACACAUUAACCGUAGAUCGGAAGGAUCCAGAUUGUACAAUGGGCGCUUCUCAGUCCGCAGAACUACCCUCCGAUGAAGAAGACGAACAGGAAGAAGAAGAUGCGGAGCACGAAAAUGGUAGCCCAGAUGAGAGACACCGAUUAGUUGGUGACGACACUCUGCUCAAGAAGGUUCUCGAACAAGAGCCUGAGAUGUUACCUUGCCACGCCUCCGCAUCCCCACUAUCCCCUCAACUAUCCUCUUUCGGCACCCCGCGUUUGGGACCUUCUAUCAAGGUCUGGGACCCUUAUAAUGUUCUCGCUCCACCACCCUCCAUUCCUCAUUUCCACCGAACAUUCUCCUCUGAUUCUGUCGAUGACGAUAGGACCCUCACUGACCUAUAUUUAAUUAGUAAUGGCGAAUGUCAUAUGAAUUUAAGACCUGAUUUGAUUGCCGGCCGAUCCCCAGAGGCUGCACUUACACCUAAUGGCAAGCGCCAAGCAAGAGCUUUGGCUGUUUUUCUAAAGUCUCAAGGGAUUCGUUUCAAUUCUGUCUAUACAUCUCCCUUGGAUCGGGCACGAGCUACUGCCCUCUCUGUUUGUCAGGAAAUAAACUUUUCAGAGGAACGGAUACAAUCCUCUGAUGGUCUACUGGAAAUGAGUCAGGGGCAUUGGGAGGGAUGCCACCGCUCGGAUAUUUUUACACCUGAAACAACUAGCCUAAUGGAAAAGUUCCAGCCUGAUUUUUCAGCACCAUCUGGAGAGUCACUGAGGCAGGUGGAAUUUCGGAUGGUACAAUUCCUAAAUGGAACUGUUAUGACAUUGCCUGACAAAUUCAGAUCUGAUUUCUCUCCACCUGAUCAGGGCUUCUCAAACCGUGGUUCUCAUCCACUUGUCAAUUCAGUUCAUGACCGAGAUGGGCCACCCUCUUUCUCGUCAUCCCAUUGGGAUUUGCACCACAGGAAUCGACAAGGACUUUCGAGGAAGAAGUCUGGAAAGAGUAGGCUUCAGAUCGUGACAACAACUGGGGAUCAUGAGGCUGAUGACGAGAUGUCACCUCGAGAACCCAUUAAUCCUAACUCCAUCCGAGAUUUAAAUGUGCAAAACAGUAGUAAUGUUUCUCAAUGCAUUGGUAUUUUCACACAUUCAAUCCCAAUAAAGUGUCUUCUUACUGGCCUUCUUGGCUGCAGUUCAAUGAUGUCAAGUAAGAUAUGCAUAGAUGAUUCUUCGGUGACAGUGCUACAACAUUCCUGGAAAAUGGGAUGGCAGAUCAAGAGAAUGAACGAUACUGCACAUCUUAGGCUUCUCUAGUAAAUUAUUCCAUUCAAUAGCUGAGAAAAAAUUAUCAAGAAUUUUGGCUCAGCAUUCACGGAAUGUGUAUUAGAUUCAGAUCUCGGGCUUGUACAAUUGCAUGCUGAUACUGAAUUGUGCCUGUGGAUUAUAAUUUCAAUUUGUAGAAUUUUUUAUUAAAUUUUUUGAUAUUGUAGUGUUGUGGGAUUUUUAUAUAUUU